AUAUAUAUUAUCAAUGAAGUGAUGUAUGAAUGUGUCUCUGUCUUCAAAGUUUUUCAUUCAGUGAAAUUGGAAAGUGGAAUCUGCUCUUCUGAACCUUAAACCUUGUGAUUUCCUUCAAACUCUUCAAUUUUGCCUCAAAAUCAUGUUGAGAAAGCACUCCCUUUUGCGUUCAACACCAAAACAAGUUUCGCUCUUUUUCGUUAGCCACUUCCACUCCACCCUUUUCACUCCAUCACCAAAACAAGUGUUCCAAACCCAUUGGUGGGGUUACCCCAAAAGCUUCAAACCUAGUUUCACUUUCACACCCUUUUGCAGACACAGUGUCAGCACCCUGCACAGUGGUUCCUCUGUAGAACAAAUCGAAGAUGAUGAAGUUAUUGAGCGAGAUGUUUGGAUGAAGAUGAAAGACGAAGCAAGAUUCGAUGUCACUGUGGAACCCAUCUUGUCAAGUUACUACAACACUUCCAUUCUCUCUCACAAAUCAUUGGAAACCGCGUUGGCGAAUCACCUUGCCGUGAAACUCAGCAGUGCGUCGCUUCCUAGCAGCACCCUUUCUGAUCUUUUCGUGACGGUUUUGGAGACUGAUGAAGCCAUGAUGGGUGCUGUGAAGAGUGAUCUGGUUGCAGUUAAGGAGAGAGACCCGGCAUGCCUGAGCCACGUGCACUGCUUCUUGAAUUUCAAAGGCUUUCUGGCAUGUCAAGCUCACAGGGUGGCUCACAAACUGUGGCUUCAGAGAAGGAAGGUUCUUGCUGUCAUGAUUCAGAACCGGGUUUCUGAGGUUUUUGCGGUGGAUAUUCAUCCGGGGGCGAAGAUUGGAAGUGGGAUUUUGCUGGAUCAUGCAACUGGGAUUGUGGUGGGAGAAACGGCUGUGAUAGGGAACAAUGUGUCAAUUCUGCAUAGUGUGACAUUGGGAGGGACUGGUAAGGUUUCUGGAGACAGACACCCAAAAAUUGGUGAUGGGGUGCUGAUAGGUGCUGGAACAUGUAUUUUGGGGAAUAUUAGGGUUGGUGAAGGAGCAAAAAUUGGUGCUGGUUCAGUUGUCAUCAAGGAUGUGCCUCCAAGGACUACUGUUGUUGGUAACCCUGCUAAGCUUGUAGGAGGAAAGAACAACCCUGUUAAGUUGGAUAAGAUUCCUAGCUUGACGAUGGACCAUACUUCACAUAUUUCUGAUUUCUAUGAUUAUUGUGUUUAGACCUUCAAGUGUAAUGCAGUGUGUUUCUCAAGCAUGCUUUGGAAUUUUGAGUUUAGGACUUUAGGUGAAGUGAUUAUGAUUGAUUGGGGUGCCUCUUGUUUGGUAAGAGAGAAUUCAUGUUCUCCUACUAACAAUAAUAGGAAGGAAAAUAACAAUGAGAGUUUCCUUGAUUUAAGGAUGUUAUGUAUGCUCAGCAGUUAUACUUAUGAAUGUAUGCUUGUGUUAUUAGUAUAUGUGAAUUUCACUGCUGUUGUUUUCA